GUUCGUUAUGGAUGCUUUUUGUGUUGCCUGUCUAGCUAAGUAGCAUGCCAACUACCAUAACCUUACUUUCUCUCAAUACAUCUUGUAUUUAUAUUUAUUAGAAUAGCCUCAUAUAAAGUAAGUGCUACAGCUUAUAUCUCAAAAUGAUAAAACAAUUGCAAUAGGACAGUUAUUGGUGGAGGCAAAAGAGGUUUAGUUACCAGUAUCUUUUCUGCUAAGUUUAGCUAAUUAGCUAGCUUCAUAUCAUUUUGAUAGACUGGAUCGUAACACUGACCAACCUGAACAAAAGUAGGUAAACUUUACGAUCUCAUAACUGUAGCUAGCUACACGUAGACAGUUUGCCAUGAUGUCUGAAGCCAUCGUAACCUUCCAGUCUCAGCUCUCCGGGGUCAUGGAGACGGUCCUAAAGUCAGCCAUAUACGAGAUCACCAGGCUGGUGGAGGACGGCUUCCUGGAAGAGGUGUUCCGGAGCCGGGAGCAGGUCGAGUCGCUGAAGAAGCGGCUGCAGUGGUCGGAGAACAGUCGCAAGGAGAGGGAUAGAGAGGGAGGCCAGAGGGGGAAGUGUGCGGACUGUGGGAGAGCUGACGUGGAGACAAGCUCUGGAACCUCACAGACAGGUGUGGAGAGGGGGCGUGGCCUGAAGCAGGAGAAGGUACCAGGGGAGGAGUGGAGCAGCUGUGGGGUUGUGGCCGGGGAAACAGCCUUCCAUGAUCUGGAGGAGGCUGAGGCCACCAGCCCUAGGAGAACCUCUGAGUCCACAGAGGUCGGAGGUCAGAAGCUGGACAGUCUGCUGAAAGAGGAGCCUCUCCACAACACUGAGUUACGGGAGAGAUGGGAGUUCUGCCUGGACGGGGCCGAUGGUUCGGACGUCUCGGGGCCCAGUAAGAGUUUCAGUGAGCAGGAGCUGCAGCAGUGCCAGGCUGACUGGGGGUCUGGUCUAGACCAAGGGCCUAAACCUCCGGGCCCCGAGGGAGACGCAGGGGACCCCACCGACCCUCUCUACCGCCCUCGUUACAGCAUGAAGGAACUGGUGGGCGGCUUUGAGAAGUCUGGUUGCGACGGUAGUGGUGGUGGCGGCCAUCUUGUAGACAUAGAAGGGCUGGAUAGGUUUCCUGGUUCUCCGUCUCGUCUGGGGGCACUGAGCUACGGAGCUGCGGGUCACUACCAAGUGAACUUGGGGGGGUCUGAGGGGGGAGACCACCAUCGCUCCCAGAUGCCUGACCCCCAUCAGAGCCAGAGGGAGCAGGUGGGAUCGCCAACGCCAUCCCCCCACCCAGAGGUGGGAGAACGGAACUGCCUGUUGAUAAACGAGGAGGGGUACCUGCAGGACUCCAGUGUCUUGUACCCCGGACACGGUGUGCCGGAGUUGGGUAGCAGAGCUGGCCACAGGGUGCUAACCUCCAUCCACUCUGGAAGCUCAGCCCACAACAACAACACAGAGAGCCUGUAUGGUGCUGCUGGCAACUUUGGACACUCUUUAAACCUCAGCAAUCAUUCACAAGAGCAGGUAAAAGGAGGAGGAGGAGGAGGAGGGGGGAGGUGUCACGCCUGCAAUCAAUGCACCAAGACCUUCCCAGACUCCGUUUCCCUCAAGGCCCACAAGCAGAAACACGAAAUGGGUAGAGGGUUGAGCACAGGGUCAGGGUCUGGACCUCCAUACUCGCGCACCCAGUGCGGUAAGAUCUUCACCCAGGCCUGCAACCUCAAGGUCCACCAGCGGGCCCACCAGGCCGAGGGACUCCACCUCUGCAGCCAAUGCGGCAAGGGCUUCACUUCCUUCUCUGACCUGAAGAGGCACAAGUGCAGCCAGACGACAGACAAGCCCUACUGCUGCUCCAUCUGUGGGAACAAGUUCAAUCGGCUCUGGAACCUCAAACUGCAUCAGCGCAUUCACACACAGGAGAAACCUCACCGCUGCACCAUGUGUGACAAGCGAUUCACACGGGCAGACAAUUUGAAGGUGCACCAGCGUAUCCACACUGGGGAGAGACCGUACUGCUGCGCUGUAUGUGGACUCCGCUUCAAACAACUGGACCAUCUGAAGUCGCACCAGCGCAAACACAGGCCGGAUCUCCUGAAAUGAAUUUGUUAAAAAAAUAUGUACAGUACCAGUCAAACGUUUGGACACACCUACUAAUUCAAGGGUUUUAUUUUUACUAUUUUCUACAUUGUAGAAUUAUAGUGAAGACAUCAAAACUAUGAAAUAACACAUAUGGAAUCAUUUAGUAACAAACCAGCUUCACCUGGAAUGCUUUUCCAGCAGUCUUGAAGGAGAUCCCACAUAUGCUGAGCAAUUGUUGGCUGGUUUUCCUUCACUCUGCAGUCCAACUCAUCCCAAACCGUCUCAAUUGCGUUGACGUCAGGUGAUUGUGGAGGCCAGGUCAUCUGAUGCAGUACAGUCAAAAAGCCCUUACACAGCCUGGAGGUGUGUUGGAUCAUUAUCCUUUUGAAAAACAAAUGAUAGUCCCACUAAGCGCAAACCAGAUGGGAUGGUGUAUCGCUGCAGAAUGCUGUGGUAGCCAUGCUGGUUAAGUGUGCCUUGAAUUCAAAAUAAAUCACAUACAGUGUUACCAGCAAAGCACCAUCACUCCUCCUCCUCCAUGCUUUACGUGGGAACCACUCAUGCAGAGAUCAUCCGUUCACCUACUCUGCGUCUCACGAAGACGGACAGAUUUCCACCGUUCUAAUGUCCAUUGCUCAUGUUUCUUGGCCCAAGCAAGUCUCUUAUUCUUAUUGUUGUCCUUUAGUGAUGGUUUCUUUGCAGCAAUUCGACCAUGAAGACCUGAUUCACACAGUCUCCUCUGAACAGUUGAUGUUGAGAUGUGUCUGUUGCUUGAACUCUGUGAAGCAUUUUAUUUAGGCUGCAAUUUCUGAGGCAGGUAACUCUAAUGAACCUAUCCUUUGAAGCAGAUGUAACUCUGAGUCUUUCUUUCCUGUGGCGGUCCUCAUGAGAGCCAGUUUCAUCAUAGAGCUUGAUGGUUUUUGCGACUGCACUUGAAGAAACUUUCAAAGUUCUUGAAAUGUGCCGAAUUGACUGACCUUCAUGUCUUAAAGUAAUGAUGGACGGUCGUUUCUCUUUGCUUAUUUGAGCUGUUCUUGCCAUAAUAUGGACUUGGUCUUUUACCAAAUAGGGCUAUCUUCUGUAUACCCCCCACCUUGUCACAACACAGCUGAUUGGUUCAAAUGCAUUAAGAAGGAAAGAAAUUCCACAAAUUAACUUUUAAUAAGGCACACCUGUUAAUUGAAAUGCAUUCCAGGUGACUACCCCAUGAAGCUGGUUGAGAGAAUGCCAAUAGUGUGCAAAGCUGUCAUCGUUGUAAAGGGUGGCUACGUUGAAUCUCAAAGAUAAACAAAUCAAAAGGUAUGUUAACACUUUUUUGGUUGCUACAUGAUUCCAUAUGUGUUAUUUCAUAGUUUUGAUGUCUUCAUCAUUAUUCUACAGUGUAGAAAAUAGUAAAUAUAAAGAAAAACCCUUGAAUGAG